GUUCGGUUCUGUGUGACCCCAGAACUUCGUUUGACCUUCUCUAAUUUCGAAUUCUUGGAAUUCCCGGCUUCAUUAGGAAUUUUAGGUUCAUCUUGAUUUUGCUAAUUUCCGGUGUGAAAGUUUCGAAACAGAAAAUUUACUAAUUUGCCACCGAUUGGGACUUGGGAGCGAGGUUUGAGAUCAAGGACGGGAGAUGGGGCUUGCUAAUUUGUCAACCGACCAACACAUGGUUCACGCAUCCUAGUAGCCGAUUAUCAAUUCACCUCAAGAAAAACCUUCCGCGCGCUUGUUUAUAGCCAACCUGUCCGACUAAGCUCGUCGCUCUGACUUAGUCCGAUCAAGCAGAAACCAGAUGCUGCUCACUGCUGUUCAACUUUGACCUCCAAAUCAGGCCAUCCCGGGGCAGGGAUUGGGGCAUUGGGUCAACUGCGCCGCGCUUCCGCAGCACGGCAAAGGCCUGCCCAAAGAUGUCCAUGUGCCAGCCUCCCUCCUCCAGGCUUUCCCGCUACUGACCCGCUCUCCUCUCGCCGUGAAAUCUCCCAGUGUGGUCAGACCUGCAUGGCGUAGCGUAGCAGUCCCGUCGCCCCACCAUGGUUUCACGGUGGUUGAUAGUGCUGCUCGUCUUCGUCACGGCAGCCGCCGCGGCGGUGCUGGACGACUUACAGCUGCUGGAGCAAUUCAAGGCCGCCGUGCCGAAUGGCACGGCUCUCACCGGCUGGAACAGCAGCAACGGUGCUUGCAGCUUCCCCGGCGUCGACUGCAAGAACGGCAGGGUCACGUCAGUGUCCCUCACCGGUGUCGAGCUCAACGCCAACUUUAGUGCUGCGGCACGCACUCUGCUGCAGCUGAGCAGUGUGGAGGCGAUCACAGUCCGUGAUGCCAACAUUACCGGCGUGCUCUCGACGGUGAAGGGAGUGGAAUGUGGGGAGAAGCUGUCCUUGCUUGACUUUUCCGGUAAUCCUUGGCUUAUGGGUUCUGUGGCCGACAUGGCUGCAUUGACCAGCAUUUGCCGUGGGUUAAGGGUGCUGAAUUUUUCCGGUGACGGAGUUGGUGUUGUGAAUGCUGUUGGGGAAGGUGGCAUGGCAUUUGCAGGGCUGGAGAUUCUUGACCUUUCCAGAAACAUGAUCUCUGGGGAAGUUCUCCAGUGGAUGGUUAGUGCCGGUGCUGGUGGAGUGCGGUGGCUGGACCUCUCCAAUAACGAGAUCUCUGGGGAAGUUCCAGCAUUCAUCAACUGCACUAGAUUGCAGUACCUCGACCUCUCCGGCAAUCUCAUAUCUGGCAGCGUGGCAGCAGGGGUCCUGUCCGGAUGCGGCAACCUGAGCUCGCUCAACCUCUCUGGCAACAGUCUUGUAGGCAUGUUCCCACCAGAUAUUGCGCGCCUCAUGUCACUUACUGCCAUAAACCUAUCAAACAACAACUUUUCUGGCGAGAUUCCAGCCAAGGUUUUUGUCAAUCUUCCUAAGCUUAGGACGCUUGCCCUUUCCUUCAACUAUCUCAAUAGCUCCAUCCCAGAUGCAGUCAGCAUGCUUCCAGAGCUUGAGAUACUUGACCUCAGCUCCAACUCGCUCUCUGGCACCAUCCCAGCCACCCUCUGCUCCUCAAACAUCACCAGCAAGGUCCAAGUGUUAUACCUGCAGAACAACUACCUCACCGGUGGCAUCCCUGAGGCCAUCUCUAACUGCACUAGUCUUGUUUCACUUGACCUCAGCCUUAACUAUAUCACCGGGCACAUUCCCUCAUCCCUUGGCAUGCUCUCUGGCCUUCGUGACCUGGUCCUUUGGCAGAACGCACUGGUGGGCGAGAUACCAGACUCUCUGUCCAGAAUUCUUGCACUUGAGAAUCUCAUUCUUGAUUACAAUGCUCUUUCCGGCAUCAUCCCUCCGAGCUUGGCGAAUUGCACUGAGCUCAAAUGGAUGUCGCUUGCCAGCAACCGGCUUUCUGGGACAAUACCUUCCUGGCUCGGUGGACUUGUCAAGCUUCAGUUCUUGAGUCUGGGUGAUAAUUCGUUCUCAGGGCCAAUACCGUCGGAGCUGGGCGACUGCAUGAGUCUGCUAUGGUUGGACCUGAGUGGUAAUCAAUUGAAAGGGGAUAUACCACCGGAGCUGGCAAAGCAGUCUGGAAAAAUGGGACCCCUUACUAUCACACGACAGUUCUGGUUCUUGCACAAUGGCGAAAAAAGUAAUUAUCAAUGCCAUGGCUCAGGAGGUUUGCUCGAUCUCACAGGCAUCCGACAUGGUGAUCUGAGUCGGAUGCAAAGUAAGAAGGCAUGCAACUUCACAUUAAUUGACAUGUCAGCCAUGGUGCCGGUCAGCCACAGAAAUUUUUCAAUGAUAUUUCUGGAUUUGUCAUUUAAUCAGCUUGACUCAGAGAUCCCGAUGGAUCUUGGGAGCAUGUAUUACCUCACGAUCUUGAACCUUGGGCACAACAGGCUCUCAGGUGUUAUCCCUGCUGAGCUUGCUGGCGCCAAGCGGCUCACGGUGCUUGACCUUUCUCAUAACAUGCUGGAGGGACGAAUACCCAGCUCAUUCGAGACUCUAUCGCUGUCGGAGGUUGAUCUAUCGAACAACAGGUUGAGUGGAACAGUUCCAGAACUUGGGUCGCUCCCCACAUUUCCUGCAAGUCAGUUUGAGAACAACUCCGGCUUGUGUGGGUUCCCACUCCCACCGUGCGAGCACAGUGCUGUCAGCACCAGUCAGUCCAAAUCCCACAAGAGGCAGGCAUCCCUUGCUAGCAGCAUCGUGGCAGCGUUUUUUCUCUUGCUGUUCACACUAGUGAUAUGCCUAUAUCAAAGGAAGAAAUCCAAGGCACAUAAUGCGAACGAAGCUUUUAGAUCACAGGGAAAUCUAUUCUCUAUCUGGAACUUCAAUGGACGAUAUGCGUACAAGCAGAUUGUGGAAGCAACGGAGAGCUUUGAUGAAAAAUAUUGCAUGGGAAGAGGAGAUCACGGAUCUGUCUACAAAGUUGAAUUACCAACAGGCGAAAUUUUUGCAGUAAAGAAGAUACGGAAAACAGAAAAUGAUAAUUUGAAAAAUGAGGAACUGUUCAGUCGUGAAAUAGAGGCCUUGGUGCAGAUACGACACCGGAACAUUGUGAAGCUCUAUGGAUAUUGCUCCACUGAUCAAGAUAAGUUUCUUGUAUAUGAAUAUAUGGAGAGAGGAAGCCUAUCAGCUAUUCUCAUGACCAACAUAAGUGCUAUCGAGCUGGAUUGGGAUAAGCGGCUAAAUAUUGCCAAGGGUGUGGCCCAUGCUCUAUCUUACUUGCACCAUGAUUGUUCAACUCCGAUAGUCCACCGAGAUAUAACAAGCAAUAACAUUUUGAUUGAUCUGGAGUUCAGGGCAUGUGUAUCUGACUUUGGUUUAGCUAAAAUACUGAGCUUUGGUGCACCGGUCUAUACAAGGCUCGCCGGGACAACAGGGUAUCGUGCGCCAGAGCUUGCGUAUACGACGAGGGUGACUGAGAAAUGCGACGUCUACAGCUUUGGCGUGGUUGUUCUUGAGCUGUUCAUGGGAUCCCAUCCCGGUGAUCUUCUUUCGACGCUCUUGCGCACGACCAGGAAAAGCCUAUCGCUGAAGGAUCUGCUAGACACCCGGCUCCCGCUUCCUGAAGGUGAGACAGCAAGAGAAAUCUUUGGGCUUGUCACGGUCGCCCUCUGGUGCUUAGACCCCAACCCAGCGACCCGUCCGACAAUGCAUUCUGGCAUGAAGAAGCUUUCUGCACUGCUGAGAACAGGGGAUGUUGAUUACCUGCAUACUGACAUCUUUAACACUGGACGCACUUAGAGCAUGCAUGAUUCCGUCACUUCGUUUUGAGCUUCAGUGAUGUGGGUUUGGUUGAAUCUGCAUAAUACUGUGCUUAAGUUGAUUCGCGUGACAUGUAUGAUUUUUUUUUAUACGAAGCUGUAUGAUUCCUGUUCCUAAAGUUUACCAGCCGUAAUGAAGAAUUUUUUA